AUGCACCAAGGUGGCGGGUCCACCACCAAAAACAACUAUUUCCAGAGGAGCCCUGGGUUAUCAAACCAAAAUAAACAACAUUCUCACAGGUUCAAGCCGUUUGGGCUGCAACCAGGGCAGGGAGCCCCUAUGGAUAUCGGCACGGUCCAAGGUGGACAGAUGCACAGAUUCAAGGGGAACUUCUACAAUUGUGGCCAAGAGGGACACAUGUCCCAAGACUGUAGAAACAAGGUGCAGGCCGCCCAACAAAAAAAUAACCAAGGGCGCCAGACACGCCAAUUAGAAACUGAAAAGCUGGAUGAUUGGCUCAAUACUCUGGCCGGUCGUUCGUACAACAAAAUCCAGGCCUUUUUUUUUUACGACCAACAGGUCGCUGAGAUGAAGGCUCAGGGAAAAGAGUUCGGAGCUUAG